CCGGUGUGUGUGUGCGGAAGCAAAAUUUCAUGUUCUAAAUAAAAGCUAAUCAAACUGCAGACAGCCAGCAGAAAGUGUACGGCGAAGAACAGCAUUGUCAGACUAUUGAAAAAAUUCAAUCCCGGUCCGGACAAUUCUGAUGCUGGAAGCACAGCAGGAAUCUAGAUGAUGUGGUCUGACUGAGCAAAUCCCAAAAGUAUUAAGGCAUCAAAGUGAUCAUUCCACAGACCAACAGCUUUAGAAAGAAAAAAUUCUGCUGCACAAAGAAAACCAAAAAACCAAAAAUGUCCUCCGAGGGGACCUUGAAAAUGCAGAAAAUAACUCAAUUCCACACAACUAGAACAGUCUGUUUUGUGUGCCAAAAGCUCACCGAUUCCAAAAGUGGGAGCAGUGUUUUUUCGUGCCGGGGUCGCCUUGACAUACGAGAGUGUUUAAAGAAGUACGUAUGCCUAGAUGUUACAGGGGAGGCUUGGAUCUGUCGCUGUUGCAAACUGAGACUGCAAUCGAUGAAGAAGAAGGUUGACGAGUUUAGAAAGUCUGUCUUGGACGGUCAGCGCAAUUUCCGACAGCAGGAACUGAGCAAUCAGAGUGCCGCCAUCAGAAAGAAUCUGGAGGUCAUUGCUGUCUCUGGAACACAAACCAUUGACAAAAAGGCGAAGGACAUAAAGGACGAAGGAAAAUCACAAUCACCCCAGUAUAAACCAACGUUUAGAACCAUCUUUCCCAAAUCUGAGCCAGUCACCAAAGCACACCAGCAAGAAGGCUCAACUGGCCAGAUUGCUGAGUGUCCCCCUAAAGAAGAUGAACCUACUAAUGCUGUAGAUCAUUGCUACGCCUUGAAGAAGGGACAAAAGAAAGAGUUUACCCCAGCAAAAGAGGUCCAAUUGUUACAGGGGGUGCUGGUGAGAAAACCGACCCUAAUAGACAGGGCACAGUACCAUUGCCUACUGAGUGCCAUGCAAAGUAAAUCGACAGACAUCAUUACCACAGAACUUUUGAGAAUCCCUGCUCUACGACAGAGCUUCUUGGAUGGGUUGUCUGAUGAACUCGGCAGUCGCCCGGAUAAGCAGAGAAGUCAUAGGGUCAAGGGUCAACAAAAGAAUGGACAACCAUCGGUGUUGAUGAUCAACGAUUUCCUGGAACUAAAAAUGCAUUCCUGUUGGGACGACAUCAUUUGUGAGUUUAUCCAGAAGUACCCGGAGCUGGUGGAGAUCCUUGUGAAGAUCAUGCUGGGUCCCGGGGCUCGCAGGAACGCUGUGAAAGUCCAGCAGUUAAUCCCCAAGUUGGCUACUGUAUAUGGGAUCGUGCUGCAACACCGCAACCAUGAGUUGAGUCGAAUCCAACGUCUCGUCGGAUGCCUCUUUGCUGACAAUGUCGUGGAGCAAAAGGUGUAUGACAGAAUGAACAAGCUAGGCAUCUGCUCAAGUUACAAUCGGAUGUUCUUGAUGAAACGAGGAGCGGCAGCCUUGUGCAUCCCUGGCGAGACCAACGCGAAGAAGCGCAAAGCUCAGAAGUAUGCGGGAACGCCGGGCUUCUCUGAGAUUGGUGAGCAGUUUGAUCGGGAGUCGGAUGUCGUGAGACGCGCAAGGUGAUGAAGACCGCCACCCGGGUGCAGGUGUUUUCUUCAGCGUUUUCCCCCCCAGUUCAAAACCAUGCAACCACAUUGAGACAGUUGGGAAAAAUUAUGUUGCCCCUUACUUUGUUGUACGCAAGAUUGGGAACAAGUAGCCUGAAACAGCCUUAUUUAACUGCGCCCAAUAUAAUAAUUAAUAAUAAUUUGGGGGGCUAAUCAUCCUUACUCGCAGCUAAGGGCUGAAUUGCGAAG